UGAUUGGAAGAAAAGACACACAGAGGGAGUCAAUUCUUCAUUCAGCUCUCAAAUUUUUUAAUGCUUGAUGAUUGAGAAGAACCAUUUUAAUUUUAAUUUGGUUUGGUUUUGCUUGACAUGUAAAACACUCAUUCCCCUUCCAAUCCCAAAAAACCAUCCCUUUUCUUGGCUCUUUCUUAUUCUUUCCAUCCCCCAAUCAUCAGAAGGGGAACCAGACCAAUCCCAGGUUCAUCGCCAGGGCUGUUCUCGCCUUCGAUUCAUUUUUCUGCUUUGCUUGUCCCAUGAUUGUUGUUACUUUCUGCGAGUUACUGCAUGUUUGCAUAAAGGUAGUUUGUUUUGGGUUAACCAGUCAUGAAUGGAUUCUGGGAUUCUGCAACCACCGGUUGUGAUGUUCAGGCACACUGUUUUGUAAAGUUUUGGCACGUCAGUGUCGAGCUGCAUAGGGUGUGGGGAUUCCUGUCGACACACCGGGGUUGGUAUCGGGCCCGUUUUGUUUACUGAAGUCCAUGAUGAACUUAUCCAAUUUGAUCGUGUUGACGUUGUCUGGAUUGCAUUCUGUUCUGGAUUUGCUCUCCGUAACCUCUUGUCGGGUUCAAGCAUGUUCUCAUGUCAGAGAUGAAUGGGACUGGAUUCCGGGAAAAGAAUGGACAUCUAUUAAUGGAACCUUUUAGCAGGAUAAGAGCAUUGCUGAGAAGUAACAUAUGGACUGUCUGUACAAAAACGUGUUCUAUUGUUUUGUACAAGUCUGCCUUUAUAUGUCCCUCUAUAGCUGCGAGGUUGUCAUUUCUCCAUGUCAACAGCAACCUGCAACUGGUUAGGCACAAAAUCGAGCUAGCUUCAAUCAGUCCUGUCCGUGAAUUUGCUCUUGCCUCCGUUAUUUUAUCAUUCUAGAAAUGGAUCUACGUUAGCCUCUAGGGGUUUCCCGGCAUAUUAAUUUUCCAUUUGAUUAAUUUAAAAACUCGAUUAGGUGGACUUGCAGAACUCUUAGCUUGAUCAGCUGUAAAUCCCGUAAUUGUGCGACUUCUAUUCCAUUUCGAAGUUGGUGUUGCGGAAAUCUGCAGCCGUGUCCCUGUGCGGUCACCAACUUCUGCAUCCUACAUCUUAUUUAAUGUUCGUGAACGAUAUAUUUCAUUAUUUCCCAACUAAAAGAUAUCAUUCUUGAUUCACAGACACAACAAUGGAUGAGACAGAGGGCCUGAAAAAUGGGCGCGAGAUGGGAAGAACUGCUUCCGAGAAGCUCUUACGGCCAUCAGCUCGGAAUUUGGUAUUCAAAGGGCAAGCAACAGAUGCAACCGACAGCGAGAAGAUGAAGUACAUGCUCAUCAAAGACCCCGAAGACUACCAACUCGGGGGCAUCUAUGAUAAGCCCCUCCCUUGUUUUGGGUGUGGAGUCGGGUGGUUCUCGUUUCUUCUUGGCUUCCUAUGCCCGUUUAUGUGGUACUAUGCCACAGUCCUCUAUUUCGGGAACUACUACCGCAAGGAUCCUCGCGAAAGAGCAGGCCUCGCUGCAUCUGCUAUUGCUGCAAUGGUCUACUCCAUCCUCCUGCUGGUCAUAAUAGCAGUAUUCAUGCUCCGAAGCUAACUUCAGGUCGAAACAGCGAGAAUGAAAUGCAGAAAUUCACGUUCUCUUGUAGAUAUUGCUUUCUCCAUGGCAAAAUGCAGGAAGUAAGCUCUGUUACAGAUUCAACCGAGAACCGAAUACGUACUGCACAGUUUUUCAGUAAAUAUUAGUCCGGAAACAGAAGAUAUCAUAUAAUGUGGCCAGAGUAUAUGUAACGUCGUCAUUUGGUCGUAGGAAGACGGGGAUAUAAUUAUUGUUUUUUCAAGUGGUGAACAUAAAUAAUUGCAGAUCGAUGUUUCGGUGAGAAUCAAAUCACUGUAUAUUCCUUACAAAAAGAUGAGACUCAGAUUCGUCAGUUUCUUUUUGGCA